AUGGCUUCUUCUCGCCUAGCAACUCGCGCGGCGCGCCCAGUUCUUUCAAAAACCCUUUUCUCGACCUUUGCAGCACCUAAGUCGUUUGGUGCCGCUGCAAUUGCCAUUGCCACUCGUCGUUACAAUUCCUCAAAGACCAGCUCUUCGUCUUCGUCUUCUUCUUCUUCUUCUUCUUCAGGUCCAAAGACCCCUCCUCCUGAACCCAAGUCAUCCUCCUCUCUCGGUCUAAUUAUCGCUACUGCGGCUGUCGCUGGUGGUGCCUACUGGGCUUACUCUUCAUACAGUGCCCCCUCUUCAGAAGAACGUCUUGCAGCUUUUGCCGAACAUGCAACCAAGGAUGACUACCAACAAGUCUACAAUGCAAUUGCCAAGCGAAUCCAGGAUGUUGACGAUGAACCCGAUGAGGGCUCAUUUGCCCCGGCUCUGGUGCGUCUGGCUUGGCACGCUUCGGGCACUUGGGACCGUACCUCUCAUACUGGUGGUUCUGGCUUUGGCACAAUGCGCUUUGAAAAGGAAUCAACCACUGGAGCAAAUGCUGGUCUGGAUCGUGCCAAGAUCUUUUUGGAACCCAUUUCCAAGCAAUUCCCCUGGAUUUCUCACGGUGACUUGUUUACCCUGGGCGGUGUGACGGCCAUUCAAGAGCUCGGUGGCCCCACCAUUAAGUGGCGUGGCGGCCGCAUUGACGGCGCCGAAGAUAAGAUUCCUCCUGAUGGAAGACUGCCCGAUGCCUCCAAGGGUGCAGAUCAUAUUCGUUCGCUGUUUGAGAACCGUAUGGGAUUUACUGAAGGUGAAACUGUGGCAUUGAUUGGAGCACACGCACUUGGCCGCUGUCACACAAAGUACUCUGGCUAUGACGGACCUUGGACCUUUUCCCCCACCUACUUUACCAAUGACUUUUUCAAGUUGCUUGAGGAUGAAAAGUGGCAUGUUCGCAAGUGGGACGGACCUAAGCAGUACCAGGACGACAAGACCAAGUCACUGAUGAUGCUUCCUGCUGAUUACAGCUUGGUCCAGGACAAGGAGUUUAAGAAGUGGGUUCACCGUUAUGCCACUGAUAACGACUUUUUCUUUCAAGAAUUUGCCCGUGCCUUUAGCACCUUGCUGGAGCUUGGUGUCAACUUUAAGCCCAAUACUCCCUACUUUGAGUUUACCCGUCUGGACGAUCAGUAA